GAGUCCCGUUCGCAUGCUUCCCGCAAACCCUCAACCGUUGGUUCAUUCAUGUGGUCUUUGUUGGAAGAACAAAACAUUUUAUGAGUUUUUCCUUGAAUUCCUGGCUCGGGAACUGGAAUACUUUACGAUAGAAACAUUUGCAUCGCUUUCUGCUUCACCCUCUCGGCCGAUGCUGCUGCUGCUGCUGCAGGCACCACCGACUUCAAUUGCUGCUUCUUGAUUUCGGAAGAAAGUCUUCGAAUGGGCCGUUUUCGCACUUUCACGGAGCGAUUUCGCGCAGUGAAGCUGGAUGUUUUUCUCUCGGCUUCCGAACUAACGAUUUUCUCACUUUUCAGACCAGACGAUCCACAAUCCGUAACGGAGAUGGGAGGCGCAGCGGCACAGGGCAAGCAACAGCAGCAGCAAGCUGACCUCCACAAAGUUAUCAUGGUGGGAAGUGGAGGAGUGGGAAAAUCCGCUCUGACACUCCAGUUCAUGUACGGUGAAUUCGUCGAGGAUUACGAGCCCACAAAGGCGGACUCGUAUCGACGUAAAGUGAUGCUCGAUGGCGAAGAUGUACAAAUUGAUAUCUUGGACACGGCCGGUCAGGAGGAUUACGCCGUGAUCCGCGAUAACUAUUUCCGUUCGGGCGAGGGAUUCCUCUGCGUGUUCUCUAUCGACGAGCCCGAGAAUUUCGAGGCUACUAAAGAGUUCCGGGAACAAAUCCUUCGGGUGAAGGGCGAUGACAGUGUUCCGUUCAUCCUCGUUGGGAACAAGGCGGACAAAGAUGAUGCCAACAGACGAGUAUCCGUGGAGGAAGCCGAAGAUCGCGCCAGGAAAUGGAACGUGCCCUACGUAGAAACGUCGGCGAAAACGUGCAUGAACGUCGAUAAAGUAUUCUACGACUUGUUGCGGUUGAUCAGAGAUAAGAAGCGAGCCGAGAUUCAAGUCAACUCGAACGGAACCAAGAAGCCGGGCGGCUCGAAGAAGAAGAAAUGCGUGAUCCUAUAAUAGAGAGAAACUGAGCAAUUCGAGGCUCAGCCUGCAUGCCUGAACGCCCGCCCGAUUUCGCAUCAGCAUCCUCCGAUUGAAGAUAAGAAGCUGUGCGUAAUCGAAUCGGCCGCGUCGACGAUACUAUCGGUCGACGGCACGAUGCAAAUCGGCCCGAAUCCACGAACCUGAGGGCUACCCGUGCGCCUGCUUGUAAAGUUGUGUUAUUUAUUUUAUUGGAAUUCAAAACAAACAGCACUUGCUCCGUCGGAGCUUCGCGUACACCGGAGCAGCAUCUGUCAGCCUCCGAGAAAGCGGAAAAAAGUCUCUUUGGGAUGCAACGGUGCCUCUCGACGGGGGCCCCGUCUGUGUUUGGAAUGUCGGGAGGGAAAUUGAGGCGGCGACGCCGUCGAUUGCCGAAUAAUGAUCGAUGCCAACCAGAGGAGUCCGAAUCUUGAUGACAGGGAGACGUUCUUCGUCGAUGAUGAUCUCGACGGUGAUGUACACGGUCAGUUGACACAGCCUCGGUUGUCAAGCGUUGAUUACGGCGGGGAGUACGCAGCCCUACAGUGCGAUUGCCAUGUUGACAGUGUGAGAAGCGUAUACAUAAAUGGAAAGAACUAAAUAUUAGGACAUGUGUGGAGAGAAUAUCGACAACCAAGAAAAGCAACAUUUUCGGGAUAUAUCGAAGCAUUACGUACUGAGCAUCGUUUCAAAGUGUAAAUAAACCAGAAAUUAACAAAACU